AUGUCUGCAAUCAGAAUCCCCAAGGGCUCUAUCAACCUUGCUGGCCUUCUCUUCAAGCCAGCUUCCCUCUCCGACAAAGCCCCCGGUCUUGUGGUGAUUCACCCCGGCGGCGGUGUGAAGGAGCAGACUGCCAGUACAUACGCAAAGCGUCUUUCAGACCAGGGUUUCGUGACCAUCUGCUACGAUGCCGCCCACCAAGGCGACUCGGAGGGUCUGCCUCACUUUCUCGAAGAUCCCUCGGCCAGAGUCACCGAUGCUUCUGCCGUGGUCGACUACCUCGAAAGGCUCGACUAUGUUAACAUGAACCGCAUCGCCGUCGUCGGAAUCUGUGCCGGUGGUGGCUAUGCUGCCGCUGCUGCCAAAGGCGAUCAUCGUCUCAAAGCCGUCGCCAUGGUCAGCGCUGUCAACAUUGGCGACGGUGCUCGUUUCGGAUGGUAUGGGAAUGAGCAACCAUCCAGCCAGGUCGCUAGCCUUGACCAAGUCGCUCAAGCCAUCCAGGCCGAAGCUCAAGGUGCCGAAGCUGCCACUGCGCCAUACGUUCCCCCAACACCGGGGGAUAAUACCCCAGGCGAUCUGGCCGAUGCGUACAAUUACUACUGUACCCCGCGGGCGCAGCACAAGAACGCGCAGAACAAGAUGUUGCUACGCUCUGUGCCGUUGGUCCUCAACUUCGAUGCCUGGCAAUUUGCCGAUCUAUUCUUGACGCAGCCUGUCCUCAUUAUCGUGGGCGAGAAAGCCGAGAGCAGAUGGCAUUCGGAGAAGAUCUACAAGAUCUUGGAUGGCAAGAACAACAAUGUCAAGAAAGUUGUCGUUCCAGAUGGGAGGCACAUGGACUUCUACGACAAGAAUGACUUUGUCAACCCUGCAAUUGCAGAUAUGGUCGACUUCUUCAAACCAGUUAUGGCUUGA